AUGGCGCUGUCAAGCUCGUGGGAUGGCUCCAACGUCCAUGAGGACCACAUCGCGUUCCUCCACCAGACGCGACGCCUGCCCGGCGAGGACUUCGUUCGGGUUCGUCUAGCGCCGGAGAAGGAGAUUUCCCUGGCACCGGAGGAGGGCGAGCAGCUGCAUCACCUCACGCCCAACGCGGUGAUGCUGCUAUCGGCCUUCGUCAUGCUUCCCGACGGGCCGAAGGCGCUGCAGGUGUGUGAGGUCGAGGACCUCCCGGCGGCGGGGGAGGGUGAGGUGCUUGUCGGGGUGGCCGCCAUCGGCGUCAAUCACGACGACACGGUCCAGCGGCGGGGCCGGUACCCGUCGCCGGCCGGUGCCUCGCCCUACCCGGAGCUCGAGUGCUCUGACACCAACGUCACGCUCAGGGCCAACGACUCCCCGCACUGGGCCGUCAGUACCAAGGUGUGCGCGCCGCUUACCGGCGGCGGGUAUGCGGUGAAGGUGGUGGUUUCGGCGGGGCAGGUGCUCCCGGUGAUGGAGGGGGUGUCACUGACUGACGCUGCCAGCUUGCCUAAGGUGGCCUGCACCGUCUGGUCCACCGUCUUCAUUACAAAUCACCACUCCCCCGGUGAAUCCUUCCUUAUGCAUGGUGGAUCAAGUGGAAUCAGUACAUUCGCUGUACAGAUUGCAAAGCACCUUGGUGUUAAGUUUUUUGUCACUGUAGGGAUGUAA